UUUAAUUCGCUGCAUUAUAGAAGAUUCAGCCAGAAUAGCGAAGAGGAAGAAGGUGAAUAUGACAGUGAGAUGGACGAUUUUAUUGACGAUACAGAAGUCGAUGAAUUUCAGCGAGAAGAUUUUGAGAAAACUCUAAAGUUAAUAAAUCCUCGAUACAAUAAAAAACGUUGGAAAAUGAAUGAGAUGAUGAUUGAUGAUCGAAAGAUGGAAUCAAAUUAUCGUGAUGUGGAUCGAGAAGAACGUAUUAGUUCAAAAAUUGGCCUCAUGGAAGAUAUAAUAGAAGCAAAAAGUGGAAAAAGUAUCGCACUUUAA